AUGGACCUGUCGUCCGUAGCCGAGCAGCGCGCGACCGCUGUCGCAAAGCUCAAGCGCGCAGCAUCUCUACCACGUAUGAAGGAUGGUCGCCGUCCCCCGAUGCACGUCGAGGCGGUCAGCGAGGGGGAGCGGGUCCAGAACGACGACAGGAAGGAUGACGAGAGUGCCCAGGAGUCCGACGGGAGACCAGAGCCAUUGAUUGCCACCGUAGUGUUGCAGACACAAGCAGAAGCAGAAGCGGUGAACGGAGUCAAGAUAGAAGCGGCAGCGAAAACGGAAGAGGCGGAAUUUCCUUCUCCGGAGACACCAGUCGUAGCGGAAAGCAUGCCUGUACGCGCAAAACGGCGAUCGCGCUCACGAACAAGGUCGAGAGGCUCCAAAGACUUGAAGGGCAAGGCGAAGCAGUCGCCGCACGUCAGCUCUGCAAGCCAUACCAACGAAUCUUCCGCAGAUGAGUACUACACGACCCAAGGAGAGGAUGCUCCACCAUCCCCCCCGCUCGUCUCGCCGAUACCAUCGCAUUUCGGCUUUUCUGCUGCCCGUCUCCUUUCGUCACCUCUAUUCUAUCCUGGAACUUCGCCAUCGACACCGCUACCCUCCUUGGAUGAACUCCAAAAGGGCAUAGGGAUGGGACUGUACCGCUCAAAUAGUGCAGGCGCGGCGAGGGCGAUGGCGAUGCAGAAGCUAACCGGAGGAAAAGAGCCCAUGGAUAUCUCGUUCAUUCCAUCAUCUCCUACACCUUCCGGAGGGCGGCUCACGAGGAACAAUACCUUUGCAGGAGGGGAGCGAAUGGCCGCAAGGAGAUUGAUGCUGCACCGGUUGGGAAACAGGAUCAAAGAGGCGGAUGGGGACCAGACAAGUGGGGGCGAGGAGGCUGCACCACCGACGUUGCCGCCGAAGCGUCGGAGGCGGCGGUCAAAGAGAAACUCUUCGCGCGCAUCAACAGUCGUGGAUGACCGGGAAGAGAGGGAACCGCCCUCAACGACGUCUCCUACACCCGUCUUACCGCCGUCGCCAUUACCACCACCAAUGGAUGAUAUACCAGAUCCUCCCCACCUCCCAUCGCCAAUGAAUCGAGUCGGGAAUGGUGAUGCAGUUCUUGCGUCACCGUUUAUGAAAGCAAAUGGUAACAUUUCUUUCGACUAUGCGACGCCUAUGGGCCAUCGAGGUGUGGUCGUUGAAGACGAGGAUGAUCUUCCUGAGCAUGUUUCCCCUGUGCGACACUCUAACCUUCCCACCACCCCCGCUCGUUCGUACGGAGGUACCCGUUUGCCGCAUACUUCGGAUGCACCAUCAAACACCUCAACUGACUCUGCAUCAGCAUCUGCUAUCGGAGUUCCUGUAUUUUUGUCGCGGAGUGCGGCAUUAAGACAGGACAUGAUGUUUCCCGCGAGUCCUUUUGCUACACCUCUGCGGGAGAAGCCCUACUUAGACGAGGACGAGGAGCAAGUGCUGUAUGAGGAAGUUGGGAGCCUAAGCAGAGAGCGUGAAAGCGAGAUCAGCUGGAUAGCUGAGCCUGUCCCAGAGCGCAUGCCGUUGCGCGAUGACGAGGAAGACGACGACGAUAUUCCGGAGCCCGAGCCUGAAGAAGAGGUACUUCAGGAGCCUCCUCCAGAGCCCUCAGAAGGUCGCUUAUCUCGCGAGUAUGAACGUGUUCCUCCCCGCCCAUCCGUUUCUCAAGACUUGGUAGUGGAGCUGGAGACAUCGCCCGAGACAACUCCAUCUCAUAUACCUCCUUCGCCUGCUUCGCCAAUAGCUCUGCUGGGCCCAACCAUUUCUGAGUCACCCACAGGUGCCGAGGCGUCUCCGGCUAUGUAUCCCAUGCGUCUGUCUGUCGCGACUACAAAUCCGGUGGAACGGUCCCCAUCUACUGCUGAGUUCCCUGAGCCCGACUGGGACGAGAAUUCUCGCGCGACGGUGACUGAUGCUACGAUUAAACGGGCUGCCGAUACGUCAACGAGCACAUGGGAGAAAGUUAAGAACACUUUCAGCAGGAGCGGCUCUGCCAGCAAUCGUCGUUCGCGCACUAACAGCAUCGGAAUUCGUGACCGGCGGAAUAACACUGACUCCAGUGUCAGUCGGGAGAGCGGUGCGAGCCUCAAGGGAGAUAAAACUGACGGUUCCGGGCCAUUGUCUCCACAGGGCCAGUCGUUAGUGGUGCACUCGCCUUCUGCUUCUAUGUUAUCCCUGCCAUCGCCUCCCCCGCCAGUUAGCAUAUCACCGCUACCCCCUGCGUCACCCUUUGACAUGAUGAAGUACGCUGACUCAAAGCUUUUCCCAUUCCCUGGGAUGAAGCAGCUGGAGGAACAGCGAAAUCGUGCAAAAGGACUGUCGCAGUCGUCGUCUUCACCUGAUGUCGUCCUUCCGAAUGGUACAGGUAUCGAGGCGGUGCCUAGCUCAAGCUCGUCGAGUACGGCCACGCGUUUCCCUGACACGAACAGAGAGCGCAAACUCUCCCACCAGGCUUCUGAUACUCGUCUACUCGCCCAGUUCCGAACUGUCGCUUCUCCACCUCCAGUGUCAUCUGUACCCUCGUCUGCUUCUCAAGCUGACUACUUCACCACGCAGUCUCAGACCUCGACUACUAGUGUCGCUGGAUCACUAAAACUCCCCAUGAAUCGCGAAGGCGUCAAGAAGUGGCUGACUGCCAAGAAAUUGUUCUCGCCAUCAGUCCCAUCUACUCCGAACGUUCAUGCGCCGCCACCGGUCGCUGAGACCCGACCGGGGUUGGCAGGCAAAAAGCCUUCACUGUCUGACUUACUACUGGGGAGGAAAGAGAACGAACUUGCCACAGAAUGGGAAGACCUCGGUGCCGGUCGGCUGGGGAGAUCCCCGAAAGAGUCGUCGAUAGAGGUCCGUAUGGAGACAGACGUCCGUACUUCGCAUGACCACGCCACGGAACAAGCGCCAUCUUCCCGCAUGGACUCGGACAUUCAUGUCGGGAACCAUCAUGCGCCCUCACCAUCUCAGACAUUUGAAGUCCUCCCUCCCGACCCACCGUCUUCUACAACGCCCGAUCCGCAGUCCUCCCUGGACGACUUUCCCACACAGUCUACCUCAGAGUCUUUCUGCGACACGCUGUCAUCCUCCCAUCAUUCCCCUGAUCCACCUGCCAAAGAACCGGGAGAGGCUGCGAUCAUCAUGGAUCGUCUUGAUGAGAUGCUUGAGCGAGGAUCGAAGAAUUCCUUCUGGCCUACGGUUAUUGACGAUCCGCCGCGGAAGUUGAUCCAAUGUUCGCCUGUCCUGCAGGUUGCCAAUGCCAACACCGUGAAAGACCGCUUCCUCUUCCUGUUCAACGACAUCUUGGUAAUUGCGAAGCCCGUACUGCAGGACCAGGAUGCUAUGCUGGACACGCUGAAGCCCAGUCCGUCUGACAAGAAGUACAUCGUAAAGAGCGUUGUGAGGCUUAGCGAGCUCCGGUUCAGUGGCGAUCGUGAUGAAUCCGGUUCGAAGGCGCCCAGCCAUGCGACUCCAAUGAAACAUUCCGUGAUACGAAGCUUCGUGCACCAGUUUGCCAAAGACCCUGACCAUGCAAUCGCCACCCUGUUCAGCAAGGCGGAAACAAGAGACGACCCAGUUGCACUUGGUCAGCUGCUGUUCCACACCCUCGAACUCGACAGAGCUCGACUUGGCGAAUAUUUGUCCCGGCGGACCUCAAAGGUGGUGCUGAAGGCCUACGUCGAUAGCUUCGGCCUUACUGGUCUUAGAAUCGACAAGGCUUUGCGUGUGUUCUUACUGGCGAUCAGCAUUCCUCCCAAGUUGAGCGCACUAGAGCAUCUGUUGGAUGCGUUUGCGAGCCGGUGGUACGAGGCAAAUGUGGGCGUUGUCGCUUAUGACAAAGAGCUUGCCAUUCGUCUUGUGCGAGCCAUCGUGCAGCUCAAUGAAGUGAUGCAUAGUGGCAUCGCUCAGGAACCUGGUAUCACUGGAUAUCCUCGACGGAACAUCAUCACUCGCGAUUUCGUGGAGGCCUUUAGACGCUUUGACCCGCGGUACCUUGUCUCAGAUGACCUCUUGGACAAGAUUUAUGCUUCCAUUCGCCGGGAGAAGCUGUCACAAGCGCGCCACCCAUCGAGUCAGAGCAUCCAUCCUGAUAUUCUCAUCACGAUCAAGCGUCCUCUCCCUCCACGCCUCACAUACCGCGUGCAGUCAGAUCCAGUCAUUCUGCGGAUACCACAGGUCGACCCCCAGCUAACCAUCCAGCUGUUCGGACAAGACUUAGCCUUUGACCCUCCAGUGCUCACUUUCGCCAAGUCGGCGGAGGCGUCAUUCCGUGUCACUGGUACCUCACUUGGAUCGAAGACGGUCAUCAUGUGGCGAUCAGGACCGACCGCGCUCGCAUAUUCUGGAUUUCCACUCAGCAGUCCUUUGGUGGUCGAACGUGCUUUCAUGCGGAAUACCUUCCAAUUGGCGUUCGUGAACCACAAUGGGGCCAAACGGAAGUACAUGUUCAGCGUCGAUGAUCACCUGGUGCGACACCACUGGACGGUCUCUCUGAAGCAACAGAUUGAAUCCGCGUCGUCUCCUGCUCCCAGCACAGACAUUCCAGGUACCUCUUCCAAAGCACAGAAAAUAAACGAGAACCUGGCAUUCAAGGUCCUUCAGGAGACGCUGAUCGGCACGGAUGGACACGAACAUCCCUCUGAGCCUAUUUCCCCGGUUGAUGAGGCACUCGCUCGCUUGACCGGCACAUCUCCACAGCAUCACCCUAACGAAAGCGCAUCCAGUGACCGCGCCGCCGGUGACCUUCCUGUCGCCUCCAGUUCUCGCAAGCGCGCGAACGGUUCCAGUGUCCACGUCAGAUCGAAAUCUCGCAGCCAGGUGUAUCAUCGCCAUGGGCCGGGGAAGUUGGAAUCGGAGCUGAACGACAGCGCGGGUGACGACGAUUAUAAAGGAUUCGCCGGUUCAUCACAGCAACUACGUCCCGAAGGCCGACUGUGGAGGGGCCGGGACUUGGAGUUGGUGUGUCGGCAGAACAGCUUAAUACCCUCUAUACUCGCGUAUCUGCAAGUCGGCCGAAUAGACCAUGAUGGCGCGAACGGCGUGCUAUCAUAG